AUGUCGGCCAAUCCGCCUCCGGGUCAGGCGUUGAGCCAUAAAGAUGCUGCCAACUUCCGGCAAGUGGUGCGCCACUUCGAAAAUAAGCAGUACAAGAAAGGCCUCAAGAGUGCGGAACAGAUCCUGAAGAAGAACCCCAACCAUGCCGACACACAAGCUAUGAAGGCCCUCAUAAUAGGCACACAGGGCCAGACAGAUGCAGCCUUCGCGCUGGCAAAGACGGCUCUUGGUAAUAACAUGAAGUCGCACGUCUGCUGGCAUGUGUACGGUCUACUGUAUCGCAACACGAAAGAGUAUGACGAGUCAAUAAAAGCCUACAAGUUCGCGUUACGGUUAGAACCAGAGUCAGCGCCCAUACAACGAGACCUGGCCCAUCUCCAAAUACAAAUGCGAGACUUCGACGGCUACGUACAAAGCCGGAAAGCAAUGCUGCAACAAAAGCCGGGAAUUCGCCAGAACUGGACCGCUCUGGCGAUUGCCCAUCACUUGGGAGGCGACUACGAGGAGGCCGAGAAUGUACUCACGACAUACGAAGAGACACUGAAGACCAAACCUGCCAGGUCCGACAUGGAGCACUGGGAAGCCGUGAUGUAUAAGAACAAAAUUAUAGCUGAAUCAGGAAACCUCGAGAAAGCCUUGGACCACCUUGAGGCCGUUGAGAAGAGGAUACCAGACUUACAGGGCGUCCUGGAAACCAAGGCUGAUUAUCUGCUCAAGUUGAAGAGGCCGGAAGCGGUAAACGCCUAUGCUACUCUGCUUGACCGAAACCCUGAAAAUUCAGCAUACUAUGACAGCUACAUCUCUGCCAAAGGACUGAAGGACGACGACGUAGAAGGAUUGAAGAAGGCAUACGCUGAGCUUGCUGAGAAGUUCCCGAAAUCAGAUCUGCCACGAAGGCGGCCGCUUGAUUUCCUGCAGGGGGACAAAUUUCGAGAAGCGGCAGAUGCGUAUUUGCAAAAAAUGCUGCGGAAAGGCGUGCCAUCAACGUUCGCCAACAUCAAGCAGCUCUAUACUGACGCAUCGAAAAAGGACAUUGUACAGGAUAUUGUCGAAGGUUUUGCCGCAAAGCCGCCGGCACAAACCAACGGCGACAGUGACAAGAAGGACCAUUUUGAAUCACAAACAUUAUACUUCCUAGCCCAGCACUACAACUACAAACUCAGUCGAGAUCUCGACAAAGCUAUGAGCUAUGCUGAGAAGUGUAUAGCGCUUGACGAGUCUUCGGUCGACGCACAUGCCGUCAAGGCGCGCACACUCAAACACAAAGGCGAUGCUGCUGCUGCCUCGAAGGAAAUGAAUGCAGCCAGAGCAUUGGACGAACGUGACAGAGCAAUCAACACGAAAUGUGCGAAAUAUCAGCUCCGCAAUGACGAGAAUGAUGCAGCUCUGGAAACAGCGUCGAAGUUUACACAGAACAAGACAUCGGGAGGUCCACUCGGAGACCUGCUCGAAAUGCAGUGCGUGUGGUAUCUGACAGAGGACGGCCAGUCAUACCUGCGGCAACAUAAGCUUGGACUAGCAUUGAAACGUUUCCAUCAAAUUUUGAAUAUCUUCGACGUAUGGCAGGACGACCAAUUCGACUUCCACAACUUCUCGCUUCGAAAGGGCAUGAUCCGUGCUUACGUCGAUAUGCUACGCUGGGAGGACCACCUUCGGGAUCAUCCCUUCUUCAGCCGUGCUGCCGUUUCCGCCGUCGAAGCAUACAUUCUACUUCACGACAACCCAGAUCUGGUACACGGCCAUCUGAUGGCCACCAAUGGCAGCGCAGAAGAGAUGUCGGCAGCAGAUAGGAAGAAAGCGCUUAAGAAGGCUAAGCGAGAGCAAGAGAAGCUCGAAAAAGCUGAGGCCGACAAGCGAGCUGCUGCAAAAGCUGCAAAGCCUGUGCCAAAGGCGGACCAGGAGGAUGGCAAGAAGGAAGACAACGAUCCCCUCGGCAAGACUCUGCUCGAGACGAAAGAGCCUUUGAAAGAUGCGAUGAAGUUCCUGACGCCAUUGCUGGAAUAUUGUCCAGAUGUGGAAGAUGCGCAAGUUGUUGGCUUUGAAGUCUAUAGGCGCAGAGAGAAGUGGCUUCUCGCAACGAGGUGCUGGUUGAAGCUGCAACAUCUGAAUGCUUCGCAUGAGAAGCUCGCAGGCUUCAAGACGGAGCUGAAGAAGGGACUCAAGAGCGCCGAUGGUCUUAGUGACAAAGUAAGAGAGGUCAUCAAAGCCGAAGCAGGCGAGCUGCUGGAUUGA